CUGACCUCUAGUGGUCAGAGGAGGAACUCCAUCCUUCAGAGAAGUUCCUGGUUUAUCAGUGAAGGAGGAAGAGAAGCAGAGUUAGAAACCAUCAGCAGCUCAGGAUGAAGGUCUGUUAUACUUUGAUCUGCAUCCUCUUCCUCACUCUGCAGGAUGGAGAAACUGUGGAAACCUACAGAGGAACGGAAGGAGGAAGCAUCACAGUUAGAUGUGAAUUUAAGAACUCUGGAAGCAGGAGGUUCCUCUGUAAGGAAACCUGUGAAGGAAGAAAUAUUCUGAUUAAUACGAAUGAGGACAUGUUCCAGAGCGGCAGAUACAGCAUUAGAUAUGAUCACAGAGGAAAAUCUAAUUAUCUGAUUGUGAGCAUCACAAAGCUGAAAAAGUCAGAUUCAGGACGGUACCAGUGUCGCUUAGAUCAUUCCUCGUAUAUCUUCUGGACGGAAUCUCACUGUGAUGAUUUUAUUCUCUCUGUGACUGAAGAUUCUUCAGAACCAAAAUGGACUCUGGGACCUUUUAUUAGAUCAACUUUUCUCCCAGCAGCCUCCACAACAACAACAACAACACAGAGUCUGAGUUCCUCACCUUCUCCAUCCUCCUCUGAAACCAGCAGAGUCUCUGAGAAACCAGCUGCAGCUUCAGGUCUGCUGCUAUAUGUGGGUCUGAUUCUUUCCAUCCUGAUCAUCAUUUUAGCAGCAGCUCUGCUCAUCUUCUUCAAGAGGAAGAGCUUCAGACAACAGAAAGUUCCUCCAGUGAAAGCAGAAUAUGGUGACAUGACAACGGUCAACACAGUUUAUGAGGAGAUCAGAGAGCAGGACACAGGGAACAAACCACGUCCUGGAGAAUUAGCUUCAGUUUAUGUUUACGCCAACAACUUCAUCCCAAAGAGAGAUGAAAGCACAGAUAUAUACAGCCUGGCCAGCGGUCCGGACAAUGAAGUUGAAGGUGAAGUAAAUUACUCUGAAGUUCAUUUAUCCCAUCCUGCCUCACCCAACAGCGCCCCCUGUGGUCGUGAAAUUGACAUCUACUCUGAACCUCGGAAAGCUACGAUCUCUGCCAUCAACAAUGAUUCACCUCCUCUUUAUUCCACUGUUACUUUAAAGCAGUAGCUUUGCUGUUUUUGAUCCAUAGAGAAACUUAUACAUAUAAUCAACACAUCUGUUGCUUCUCGUGUUUUGUUUCCGACCCAGAAGAGAAAAACUUUCAUUACGAUGCAGCCUCUCCCUGUGUGGCUAUUUACUGGAACAGGGAGGGGCUGCUGACCAGAGAGCAGAUUUCAUAAGGAUAAUGCCGACAUAGAUAAACGAAGCAAAAUACCACCUUGAUUUUGAUGAAGGAACAGCAUUU